UUCUAAUAAAUGGAAGAUUACUCUGCAAAUCUUUUAGAAACAAUCACCUAUUUUUACACUAAGGCGGCUCAAGAAAAUAAGUUCAAAGAAACUGAGCAGAAGUUGAUUGAAUUUACUAGGUGUGAGGAAGCCUGGGAGGGCUGCUUCUUCAUGCUAAAUCAGCCUGAUCUUAAUGACUACCAAAUGAUAUUCGCAGCUAAUACACUCAAAUCUAAAAUGAUGUUCGAGUUUGACAAUUUUAAGAACAAUCAUCCAGAAGAAGCCGCCAGAUUUGGGGAAGAAAUCAUUAAAAUGAUUAAAGAGUUUAUUAAUAAUCGUUCAAGUAGACCGAACGAAGUUGUUAUUAAUAGCUUGUGUCUCUCACUAGCAUUCUUCUCUAUUCACCAAGAUGCCCUUCCGGAUAUAGACUCUGAACUAUGUUCAAACGUUGAUGAAGUAUGAGCCAUGUUCACCGUACUCCGCUAUCUCUCUGAAGAAACCUUUUUCAACAGAAUCGUAGUCAAAGAAGAAGUGGUCAACUCUUUCUUCAGAAAACUCAGAGAAUUCUCACCAAAUGUCUUUAGGCUGAUUAAUAAAUGGGCAGAGAUCAUGCUCAACCCGAAUAGCGAGGAGAUCAAGCAGAUUGAUAGCAACAGAAUCUCCAAACUGAAAAGUUCUAUAGUAGAAGCUAUCUUCUCCUGGGUCUUGAUGGAAAUUAAAGAGGAACAUUUUCAAAUAAUUAGCCAAGAGUGAGAGUACCUGAUACGCAUUCUCUUCGAUGAACUACAACAAGAAGGAGAUAGUGCUUCAAAUGCUUCUUCAUGACUUGGAGAGAUAAUGAUUCUCUGCAAAAGAUUCAAGCACGAAGACCUCAAGAAGUUCCUCUUUGAAAGCAUGGACUUGCUACUUCCAAAAUUCCAAGAACUUUGUGAGAUCGAAGACCUCCAAAGUAUCGAGAAUUAUACAGAAAUGUUCCUCGAUUUUGCUGAUUCUGAAAUAGAAUCCUGAAUCAAGGGUCAGCACAGCCAGCUUCUGAAUGCGAUUAUUAUUGGAUUUAGAUUUGAAGGCAAGCAUUUCAGCCAAUGCUGAAAGUUCUUUGGCUACUUCUUCAAUUACAUCAGAGACAAUUUUAUGGAAGAAGAAAGAGAAGCUCUGCUUCCACAGAUAAAAUCAACCUUGGAACAGCUAUUUGCCUGAAUUGUUAAGAAGACGAUUAUGAAAGAGAAUGAAUUCCUUGAGAUGAAUGAUAAGAAUGAUAGGCAUGUAGAUUUCGUAGAGCUCUUUGAAAACCGUGAUAGAAUUGGACAUCUACUCAAACGCAUUGCUCAGUGAAUUGGAUACCAAGAAAUGUACAAAAUGCAAAUCCAGCAACUGCAUGAUACCAUGACCGAUGGGAACCUUGAAGAUCUAUCGACAUUAAGAGAGAUUGAGAACCUGCUGUUUUGUCUAUCCUAUAGCAUUCAACUGUUUGAGAAUUUCCAAGAAGUUCAAAAUGUAAAUAUGCUUAUGAGUGACUUACUUCAAACAGAUCUUCCUAAAGCAACUGCUAUCCGAAGGGCAAUUCUAGACAUCAUCCACAUAAUUUCUGAAUUCAUGAAGGAAAUGGAUGACGAGACCUUACAAACUUAUGUCAGAUUCAUAAUGGAUGGAUUUAACGACCAGCUAACCCUAGAAGUUUCCUCCCAAUGAUUUAGCAAUAUGAUUUUAAAAUAACUUAGAAACAUUUGGGCCUUAUCUGGAUCAAUUUCUUGAUCCAGCGAACAUUACAGAAUUUUCUAAGGUAAUAGUAAGCUACAACCCAAGAUGGGGAAAGAUAUUCACGGCCAUUCUUACUCUAUCAUGUAGUGUGUAUGGAAAUACGCCAGAUAAAUUUAGAGAAAGUUUAAUCCAGGUCUUAUCUCCGUUUGUAACUAUCCUCACACAGGAAUCCAUCGGGGCUGGCGAAGCCACCAUCUGAUUUGAAUAUAUUGCAGAUAUAUUUAGAGUGAUCAAUGAUGAGAAGAGGUCUUAUGGCAUGAUCAAAGCACCCUCUAGAGAGGUCCUGAUAGAAAUAUUUCCUACCAUUUUAGGAUUGAUUGAGAACUUUCAUCAACAGGAGAAGCCCAUUGAAGCAAGUUCAAGGGUUAUAAAGUAUUCCUUGAGGGCUUGAAAUGAUCAUUCAGAUGCUUUAGACCAACUAAUCCAGACCUAUGUUGAAAAGGUCACUGAACUAUUUACAAGAUACCCUUGUAGUUGGUUGAUUUAUCCUAUAUCCAUCCUUGUGCCAAUAUUUGGAGCGAGGGUAAACUUCAGAGAGCUCUUUUGUAAUAUCAAGGAGCACCUACUAUCCAAAGUUUUUGAGCACUUUAACUCAGAAGAAGUAAUUAAGGCUGAUCCUCUUCUCGCAGCUGAUCUCUUUAACAUGAUGAGGAAAUAUCUCCAGGAAAACCCAGACUCGAUAUUCUGAGCAGGCUCUUUCAAAAACUUAAUGGAAUUCACUAUUCUUUGUUGCCAAAUUGAGCAUCCUGAACUAUCAAGACAAUUAGCUGAUUUUCAGAUUGACAUAUUUAUCAAGCUCAAGCGAAUCCAGCAACAAGAGCUUGUUUUGGUAUGCUCAGAGCAAGAAAUGAUACAAAUUGCUGAAUUUGCUUUUGAAAAGGGAGCCAUAAUCUUUGAAAAAUAUAUCGAAGCCAUUACAAAAGUUCCUCUUGAGGCGACCAUUGACAAUAUGGUUGAUUUCAUGACAGAAAUAGUGAUAUAUUUCCCAGAGCAGUCGGUUCAAUGGAUAAACUCUUGCCUCGUCAAUGUCCCACAUAACAUCCUCUCUGAAGAUGAGAAGAAAGAUUUCUGUGUUGACUUUGAGUAUGGACCUGACUCAGAACUCAACAUUCACAGGUCCUUCAAAAUCUUAAUGAAAAGGUCUAAGCAAGCUACUUUGCAGAAGCUUGAUUAAGGAAAAUUGUAGUUUUGUGAGAGGAAAUAUACCCAUUAUUAAUAUUUUAUCGAGU